AUGUCAAUUAGGACCACACGAUUACAUAUUAUAUGCAUCAAAUGUGGAAGAAUGAACACAUGUGCAGUCUUCUUCGAACUUUUCAAGGGUGGACCACCCUGUUUCAAAAUCCUAGAUCUUCCACUGGCGAUGAUGGCCAUGACGCUGCUCGCCGGCGCCGUGGGGACUGCCGGAGCCGUGUCCCCUCAGCCUGACUCCAACGCAGGAGCUGUGAUGGCUGUGUUCAAGUACAACUUCGCGGCGCAGUUCCUUUCGAGGAUCAUCCCCUUCCUGUACAACGGCUGGUUCGUGCGCCAGCUCAACGCCGACGACUGCGCGGCAUAUGCAUUGCAGCUUCCACUUUUCAUCAAUUGUGUCUUAUUUUUAAGCCGGGAGGGGUUUCGGCGUGCUUGCUUGCGUAAUAAUUCUGGGAGAGGUGAUGUGUUAAGUGACGAAGAGAUACUGAAGGUAGCUUGGAUGAUCAUCCCGUUUGGCUUGUUUGUGACUUUUAUCGGCAGUCUAUUUGUGUUGAGAAUAAAGAAACUGAAGUUAUCUGACCCUUAUGCAAAAGCUACAUUAAUCAUCGGAUUUGCGUGUAUGUUGGAGCUACUGGCAGAACCUUUGUAUAUUCUUUCCCAAACAAAGAAAUACUACAUAAUAAGAGUGUAUACCGAACCUACAGCUACUCUGCUACGUUGCCUAACAACUUAUAUCUUCAUAAAAGGACAUAUUAAAGUGGAGAAGCUGGUCGUAUUUGCUUUGUCUCAGGUCGUUUAUGCAGCCUGCAUUUUCAUUGGAUAUUGGACAUAUUUUAUUUUAUUUGCUAAUAUCAGAACUUUUGAUCUCCUUCCAUUCAGGUUGUCAACCCUGAUGGUCUAUGAUAAACAGUUAUUGCACAUGUGCAUAUUGUUUACAGGCCAGACUAUCAGGAAGCUGAUCCUCCAAGAAGGCGAAAAAUUUGUUCUUGUUUGGUUUGAUACUCCAUUUAACCAGGCUGCAUAUGGUCUUGUGGAUAAAUUAGGAAGUCUGGUUGUUAGAAUAGUUUUCCUGCCAUUUGAGGAGAGUUCUUAUGCUACAUUCACCCAGUUAGCAUCAGGGCAAACUCCUGAUAAUGUAUCCAAUCUGGAAGGUUCUUUGCUCGGAGCUCUUAAACUUAUUACGCUGAUAGGUCUCGUGGUCAUUUCUUUUGGUCCAAGUUAUUCAUACACCCUUCUGAAUCUACUAUAUGGAAGAAGAUAUAGUGAUGGCGAAGCUACAGCUGUCCUCCGUUACUAUUGUGUUUACAUAAUCUUCUUAGCAAUGAAUGGCACUUCUGAAGCUUUCUUUCAUUCUGUUGCCAAUGAAAACCAGCUUAAGCAGUCAAACAAUAUGUUGCUCCUUUUCUCAGCAAUUUAUACUGUUCUAAAUGUUGCUUUUAUUAAAUCCGCCGGAGCUGUUGGGUUGAUCGCUGCAAAUUCUGUCAAUAUGCUACUGCGAAUCUCAUAUUCUGCAGUAUUCAUCAACGAGUAUUUUAAGGGCUCAUUCUCCUUCUACCGCUGCUUGCCAGCGGGCUGGGGCGUUCUGCUCAUUUCUGGUCUGACCACAGCUUUCUCCGAGAGGAUGUUUCUGAAUAGAAAUAGGUUCAAGCAGACCCUUCCCAUUCACAUGGUGAUAGGUAUCAUGUGCCUGGGCUUCUCAUUGCUUGAGAUAUAUCGUGGUGAAAAGCAGUUCUUGAUGAGCAUCGUCAAAUCGUUGAAGGGCCAUGACAAACACACAUGA